ACCAGUGUGUUUUUUUGUUGUCGAGUUUGCUACGUAGGUAUAUAGUACCUACCUAGUUAGUUUCCAAAUUGCAAAAUGCAGGCAAAUGUUGCAUCGAUAAUUUUAUAUUAGAGAGUCAUAAAUAAGUGGCAUAAUAAAGGCAUACAUUUGUUUUGACAUAAAGCACAACGAAUGUGCUGUUAAAGUAAGUAGGUACCUUAGAUUUUCAACAGUUCGUAAAAUUUAUGUCGACGUGGAAAAAAUAGUCCGUCCUGUGCUAUUAACAUUGAGUAAGAGCGCGUAUUGUUGUCAAUUUAGAGUGAUUCUAAGUUCACAAUGGAAGCCACGGACCGUCUGCUUGGUAAAGAAAGUCUAGACAGUGAUAAAUUGGCUGGAAAAGUGAGAACAUCAGGAGUCAAGUGUGACAUAGUCAAUGAGUGCCAGAUGUGCAUUAAGGCUGAAGACGGUGGUGGUGAUGUUCACUUGAAUGCUGUUGAUAAGGCUGUUCUAGGUAACAAAGAUAAACCAAAGUUUGUCACAUCAACUCCAGACCAAAAGAAGGAUAGCCCAACUGACAAUCAGACUGCAAAUUCAAAUCCCGAAUGUGAUUUAGAGGAUGUUCCAGACUUGCCCAUGGAUGAUGGUCUCCCAGAGACUGUGACUGUGCUCAAUGCCCCAGACGGAGGCAAAGUUUAUUUGGUGGGGACUGCACACUUCAGUUUACAGUCUCAAGAAGAUGUUUCUAAGGUUAUUCAAGAAGUGAAUCCACAUAUUGUUAUGGUGGAGCUGUGUCAGCAAAGGACCAAUAUUUUACUGCUAGAUGAAGAAAUAAUACUCAGAGAAGCCAAGAAUAUAAAUAUCAAAAAGAUAAGAGAAACUAUGGCACAGAAUGGUGUCUUUAAUGGCCUUAUGUAUAUUUUACUACUAAACAUGUCCGCCCAUAUAACGCGAGAGCUUGGCAUGGCGCCUGGCGGGGAAUUCAGACGCGCCAUGGCAGAGGCUAAAAAGAUUCAGAAUUGCAUCGUGCAGCUUGGUGACCGGCCUAUUGACAUCACAUUGCAUAGAGCCAUCGCAUCACUGUCUUGGGGACAGACCAUACGAUUUAUUUGGCAUCUGCUCACUUCUAAUAAGAGUAUAAGCGCGGAGGAAGUGGAGAAGUGCAAGCAGAAGAAGAUGCUGGAGGACAUGCUGGAGGAGAUGGCGCAGGAGUUCCCGGCGCUGGAGCGCGUGUUCGUGCUCGAGCGGGACAUGUUCCUCUGCAACUCGCUGCAGCUCGCCGCUCUGCAGCCGCGUAAGGAGCCCUGUCGAAUAGUGGGGGUAGUCGGUAUUGGACACGUGAAUGGAAUAGUUCAACACUGGGGCAAGAUCAAACCGCAGGAUAUCCCGCCGUUGUUAGAGGUUCCGCCGGCGUCGCUGACGACCCGCGUGCUGCGGGCGUCGGUGCGAGCGGCCGCGGCCGCCGCGCUCGUGUACGCGGCCGCGCGCUUGUUCCCCCGCCGGUGGCUGCCCUGAUCACUCACUCAUCACUGUCACUGUCACUGUCACUGUCACUGAUCACGAUCAUCCCUACAGGUUUCUCCUACUGCUGACUACACUUGGUAAGAAGAUAUCGAUUGGAUUUGAUAAUGUGUGUUUGUGUAUUUGAAAAAUAAAAUAUUGUUAUUGCCGAAUUUGUUAUUGUUAGGUAUAUAGUUUUUAAUUUUAAUGAAUGAUGAGCAUUACUUUUUAAGAACAGUCCAAAUUGCAUUGUAAAUGUUAAUUAUAUGUUACGUUAGUAUAAAAUUGGCAAAGCCUUAGUUGUAUAUAUUGGAUGUGACAAUUUUUUUUUCAUGCUUAUUUCAUGAAUUAGCUUUUGAUACAUUCUUGAACACUGGCUGUUUAACUAUAUCUCAUGGCGAUUAAGGUUUUAUAAAUAUACUGAAGAAAAAAAUAUUGAUCAUCGAUAUAGUGCUGCAUGUCUAUGCAUGCUACUUGUCUAAAUUAAUUACUAUUCCUAAUAUUUUUGUCAAAUAAAAUAAUUAUAUGUGAGAUUAUAAGAAUAGGACGUAUAAUUAUUUUUCAAUAAAUUUCCUAAAUUUUUACGCCGCUAGAGUUAUUUCUACUUUUUUCCUAAUAUUUGACGACUUAAAGUAUGUUGAAAACGUGCAAUAUCAUUACUUACUCGGCGUUAUUGUAGCGUUCGGCUUUGCCUCUCUCCAAUAUUCUGACUCGUUUGCAAUAACCAACAUUUUUGUGCUUGUAUCCUAAUGUGCUAUUCUAAUGUUGCUAAAAUAGUACAGGGCCUUGUAGACUAAGUCCUAAUUAUCCCUACCUUAAUUAUUAAGUUAUUGAGUAUGAGACACGUUGGUAAUUUUUAAAAUGUGAAUAACAUUGCACUAAAGUGCCUUUUGUUUAAACAUGUUCAAUACGCGAAGGCAUUUAGAUUAUUAUUGAAAAUGGUUCGGGAGGAAAAUAUUUUACCAUCUACUUGGGCCGUACUGGAUAUUUAUUUACAUUUUGCAACUGUACUGGAUAUCUAUUUUCUUAUGUUUUUGCUGACCAUUAAAAAUGGUCUGAAAAACAACAUUUGAACGAAACGUGACCCUUUUCAUGCAGUCGGCUAAUAACUAUAGUGCUGCCACUAUAGUUAUUUUAAUCCUUUACCAAAAAAGAGUUAACAUAAUGUGUAUUUAGGGUUCAGAAUACAUAAAUAUCCGUAACUUUGCAUUGUGUGGUAGAAUUUUAUAUUUCUUUAAGCCACAUUUUGAUAAUGAUAUAAAUGCCUAUGAUGGGCAUAAAGCGAAGUUAGUGUGUAGAUUGCAUUGAAGGAAAUUUAUAUGAGUCGAUUUAGUCUUCUCCUCUCAUAAUAUAGGGUAACAAAUACAACCUGAUCAGAUUUAUAUGGGUUGUUUAAAGAUAAUAUUUCUUAAUUAGGUCUAUGAUGUUCUCACUUAUACAUUUAGACGCCCUGAAGUUUGCUUAUUAUUAUAAAAUAUAUUAAAAUUUAAAUCAGCACCCAGACGUGGGUUUACACACAAUUUAUGCUCAAAAUACUGGCUUAAUCCAAUCUUAUAGAUGUUUAUGCCUAAUUUAUUCCCAAAGUGUCCGGCGCAAACCCAUACCGCAUAAUAUAACUAAAAUAGUCUAUAUUAAAGAUAAUAUUCAGAUUAUCGCUAUAAUAGUAUAGUUUUAAGUAAACGAGGAUUAAGUAUACAUGUCAUGUUUUCGACUGAUAUAAUAAUACAAUUUCAAGCAGUCAAUUAAAAGUAGUGGAAUAUAUUAUGUAGGUAUACCUAUUAUAUUAUGGCCAUUGGAUAUUCUUAAAGCGAUUUAUUAUAAAAGCUACAUAAUACAUUACAAUAAAAGAUAUCUGAUUUCUGUGAAGUAUAUAAAUUCGCGGGCACGACUAGAGAUGGGUUUACGCCCGCUAUUUUCUCAUUUUAUUCCCAAACAGUCCGAUGCAUAGUUACAAUGCAAACCCAAGUAGUAGAUGCACUAGUUUGGUUUGCGCUCGACUUUUUGGGAAGAGCUGGGAAAACACUGGGAGUAAACCCAUCUAUGGGUGCGAGUAAUCAUAUUUGAUCUACGAUUAAAAUUAAAUUGCGUUGAUCUGAUAAUAAGAUUAUCUUGUGACCAUAAUAAAAUAGUAGUCCGAAUAAAGUUUUUCGCACUUUAUACAUUUACAUUAUAUCAGUAAUGUAUUUCCACCAUGUCGCCCUAUAAUCUGCGUCUGCUUAAUAUCAUUAUAACUUACGUAUGUAUUUCAUAGGUAUUAUUUAUUAUAUGCAACAUGGUUUUGUCUGUACCUUAGUAAUUAAGUCAAGCGAAUUUAAAAUUCUAUUGAGUUGUUGUUUUUAAAAUACUUAGUCAUAAUUACUCGUACAUAUUAAUUUAAUGUUAUUAAGUCGUUUUUUCCCCGUACACUUGCGGUUUUUACCAUUUUCAAUAUGCAGACAAAGUAAUAUAAUUGAAAUAAGAUUUAUUCGUAAAAAUUACUAAUAUUCUAAAUUAUAAUAAAGUAGAAUAAUGUUAUUAUUCAAAUGUUCAUGAGAACUGUGAUAAUUAACAACCACACGCGUCCAUUCUUUUUUCAUCGUAGUUUUAAAUCUAAGCAUCAAUUUUAAAUAUUGUCUGAUUAUUUUUUGUUAUCGUGUCAAAAUCUGUACUGAUCUGAAUUGUUCAUGAUUUAAUGGUCACAAAUAUUGUACGUUUAUUUCCUAUCAAUAAAAUAUUAUUACUA